CAGUAUGGCAAUUACAGUAUUACUGGUUGUGUUCCCUGUAUGCUUCAUUGCAUCUAAUUCCGCAUUUCUGCUUCACGGAGACAAAAUCCCGGGACACACAACCACCCUUGGACCACUAGGAAAAGAUGCCUACCUCUCACUUCUGGUGCAGGAGGUUUUGGAUCUUAAAGCUCAAGUUAAAAGUCAACAACAAGAAAUUCAAUCGUUGAAGAUCCAAAAAGUGUCCGAGGACAAUGCACCGGCUAAUACUGUGAAUAAAUCAAUGUCCGAAUAUAUUGACAUUAAAUCUUCUUUUGGAAUCAUUAAACAUGAGUUUGACCACAACAACAAUCAAACUGGGCUUCUAGCUCUCAAAGCUAGGAUUGAUAACAUGGCGAAGUCUAUCCGAUAUUUAACUUUGUUCCUACAAGGUCACGAGAUUCAAGAUGAGGAGACAAACAAGACAAUUUAUAGAGAAUUCGAACACUUGAAUGCAAAAUUGUUGAGCGAAAAUCAAGUUUUGCAUGAAGAGAUUCAGAAUUUAACAAAUAUCGAAUCUGCGGAAAUCCACCGACUCGAACUUGUACAGCAGACAAAACUCACAACAUUGGGAUCAGAAAUAGCAACACAGAUAACUAAACUAAACAAUACUAUUCUUCGUCUUUCUGAUUAUAAAAUUCGGCUAUUUGGAGGAGAUUCAAACUCCGGAAGAGUGGAGAUUCUGUAUUUUGGACAAUGGGGGACAGUGUGUGACGAUAAUUUUGAUAACAAUGAUGCUAAAGUUGUGUGCCGAAUGCUUGGACUGGCCACCACUAAUGCUGUGGCAUAUGGAAAUGACAUUGCACAUUAUGGAGAAGGAACUGGUCCUAUCUAUUUUGACGAUUUAGGGUGUACUGGUUCUGAACCUAACUUGUUCAGUUGUCCCCAUAAUCUACUUGGUGAUCAUAACUGUUACCAUGAUGAAGAUGCUGGAGUACAAUGCGGUAAGGAACUUUCUUAA